CGCUUUUUGAUCACACGGCAGGCUACACAACAACACUGGAAGUUAAGGUCGAUGUUUUGGUUUGUUCCGACAUUGAAUAAUUACGUCGGCAGUAACCUGAAGAAAAGGACAUCGAGAGAGGAGGACUGGGGACAUGGCGGUGUAUUUUGACCACCGUAUUGAGGCCCCUGAAAGCAGUGGCGUGCCCUCUCAGUUGACCUGGCACCCGGCUCUUCCUGUCCUGGCUGUUGCCUCAAGCAGCACCACCACUGGAGGCAAUGUGGACCUCUACCUGCAACAGGGAGAGUAUGUGGAGAGCUGCCAUUUAGAGCGUCCUCACCAGCCCACAGUGCUGCGCUGGCAUCCCACUAAGCCAGUGUUGGCCCUUGGCUUGGAGAAUGGAGAGGUAGUCCUGCUGACACACCCCUCUGGAGAUCAAACAGUCCUUCCCAGCACGCAUACAGCGUGCAUCACACUGCUGGAGUGGAGCUGCUCAGGCAGCCGCUUGGUAACUGGUGAUCAGACUGGAGCUCUAGCAGUUUGGAAGGUAGAUGCCAGGGGUAGACUUCAAGGAAACCAUCUUGUGAAGCAUGAAUACAACAAACCUCUCACUUGCUGCAUCUUCAGGCCGGCCUCACCUGGGGACGAUGUAGCAAUGCUAGCCCGGGCGUCAGUGAGUGGAGACGAGAGUGCUCUGGACAGGUUCAGCUGGAAGGGCGCACCUCUCAAGAUGGGCCCACAGGAGGGACUCGCAUUCUAUGUCAGCACUGAAGACGGUAAAGUCCACAGUGUGGAUGAGCAUUGCAAGACAAGCACACUUCUCAGUGUGGAAGGCGCAAUCAAGAAACUGUUCUACCUCGAGAAAAGAGAGGCGCUCGCUGUGAUCACAGAGACCCUGAUGUUGUCACAGUACACUCUUGGACCUGAGGGAGGAGCCCAGGAAUUUAUGAAGGUUAAGCUGAGUAGCAAAAGCGGGCAGAAUGUAGACAUUGUCUGGACAGAAAACGGCCUCCUCAUCACAGCAACAGGGGAACAGGCUAUCAGGCUGUGGGACCUGGAGCGAGAUGACAACUAUGUUUUACCUCUUGACGAGACUCUGGGCUUUGAGAGAGGAGAGAUGAUCAACUGUGUUUCGUACUGUGUUGGAAAAGGAAUCUUGGCAGCUGGUACCAGCCAUGGACGCAUAGCAAUGUGGAGGAUGAUGGAGCAGCCAGGCAGCAGCAGAGGUGAUACCAAGACCCAGUGGAAGCUACAGACACCCACAGAAAUAGAGGGAAAUGUCAUGCAGCUACAGUGGGGCUCUAGCCUGAAUCUGCUGGCGGCCAAUAAUUCGAACACGGUGCUGAUCCUGUGUGAGCAUGUGAUGUCAGCCCACUUCAGGCAGCAGGUGGCAGCAGUGCAGCUCACCCCAACCCAGCUCAGCAUCACUCAAUUCACCACAGGAGUGCACCUUCCUCUGCAGUCUGACAUGCACAUCAAGGGAGUGUGUGUUACCAAGGAUUCAGUGACAGUCUGGAGUGGCAAGCAGGUCACUGUGUAUGAGCUUUCAGGGACAGUUCUUCGCAAUACAGGAUCAUUUCCUUGUGACUCCCAUGUAGUAGCUGUGCAUGACGAGAACCUCUACACUGUGGAACCUAACAGGGUCCAGAUUCGCACUCCACAGGGAACUGUGAAGCAACUGCUGACUUUCUCCAAGGCAGAGGGCAACCCUGUACUACUCAGUGUGUGUCAGUCCUACCUGGUGGUGGGCACAGACACUGCACACAUUAGAGUCUUUGACCUCUCCCGAAGAGAUGCCAAAGCUCACUGCAGUGCAAAGAACCUGGCUGACCAGAUUGCCAAUCUGGGAGCCCUGAGGUCAGUCAAAUGUAACGCCAAUGGCAGCCAAGUCAGCAUCCUAAUCUCUCAGGUUAAUGGACGACCUGAUCACAAAGUGUACUUUUAUGACGUUGAGAUGGACACUGUGACACACUUUGACUUCUUCAUUGGCAGACCGUCCAGUGGUAUCUCACAGCCAGAAGAGAGCGAGAGGCAGCAGUUUCAGGGAACAGAGCUCAGCGGUCGCUGCCCUGUGUCUCACUUCUGGGAUGAGAGUGAGCCUCGUCUUUUUGUUUGCGAGACGGUGCCUGUCAGCUCUGAAUCCUCAUCAACUAGUUUUGUGGAUACGACAGACGUGUCGGUCGUGACGCUCUUCUGUACGCAGGAGCAUGGGCUCCUCCUACAGGACUGCUAUCCUAAGCCUUCAGGCCUGCAGGCACUCCUCGCUCUGGAUGUGCCCUACUAUUGUUUCAGCUGCAAGCCCGGUGAGAGAGAUCCAGGGUUACCAGAGAUUUCCACCACAUCAUCAGUACAACCACAACAAACCCAGCCAUCAAGGGGGUCAGCUGCCCAGAAUCCCCAUAUGGUGUCCAGGCGAGCUCUCAGAGACUUUGUGGGCCUGGAGAACUGUGAGAAGGCUACCCGCGAUGCCAUGCUCAACUUCAGCUUCUACCUGACCAUCGGCGAUAUGGACGAAGCCUUCAAGUCUAUCAAGCUCAUCAAGAGUAAAGCGGUAUGGGAAAACAUGGCACGGAUGUGUGUGAAAACCCGCCGGCUGGACGUGGCACGCGUGUGCCUUGGGAAUAUGGGAAAUGCCAGGGCAGCAAAAGCACUGAAGGAGACGGAGGCUGAGUCAGAGCCAGAGGCCCAAGUGGCCAUGUUGGCCAUUCAGCUCGGCAUGCUGGAAGAUGCGGAGAAGUUGUACAAGAGCUGUCAACGUUAUGACCUGCUGAACAAUUUCUACCAGGCUUCUGGCCAAUGGCAGCAAGCUUUGGAAACAGCAGAGAACCACGAUCGCAUCCAUCUCCGCACCACCUACUACAAUUAUGCCAAAUACCUUGAAUCCAUGGGGGACAAGACCCGUGCCCUUGCAUAUUAUGAAAAUUCAGACACACACAGGGUUGAAGUGCCCAGAAUGCUUCAGGAUGACACAUCAUCUCUAGAGAUCUACGUUAACAAAAUGAAAGACAAGAACAUCUACAAGUGGUGGGCCCAGUACCUGGAGAGCCAGUCGGACAUGGAUUCAGCGCUGCGUUUCUAUGAGUGUGCCCAGGAUUACCUCUCCCUGGUUCGAGUCCACUGCUACAUGGGGAACAUUCAGAAGGCAUCUGAGAUAGCCAAUGACACGGGUGACAGGGCAGCGUCAUACCACCUGGCCAGACACUACGAGGGCCAUGACGAUAUCAAACAGGCCGUCCAUUUCUACACGCGAGCCCAGGCCUACAACAAUGCCAUACGGCUUUGUAAGGAGAAUGGUCUAGAUGACCAGCUGAUGAACCUGGCUCUGCUCAGUAACCCAGAGGACAUGAUGGAGGCCGCCUGUUACUACGAGGAGAAAGGCACCCACAUGGACCGAGCUGUCGCACUCUACCACAAGGCUGGUUAUGUGUCCAAAGCUCUGGAGUUGGCCUUUGCCACUGAGCAGUUCGCUGCACUUCAGCUGAUCGCUGAGGAUCUGAAUGAGAACUCCGACCCAGCCCUCCUGGCACGCUGCUCUGACUUCUUCAUCACACAUUCCCAGUAUGACAAGGCUGUGGAGUUACUGGUAGCAGCCAAGAAGUACUACCAGGCCUUGGAGUUGUGUGUGACCCAGAACUUGACCAUCACAGAGGAGCUGGCAGAGAGAAUGACUGUAACUGACUCAAAAGACUUGUCUGAAGAGUCCCGAAAGGAGCUGCUAGAGAGGAUCGCUGACUGCUGCAUGCGUCAGGGCAAUUACCACCUGGCCACCAAGAAAUACACACAGGCGGGCAACAAGCUCAAGGCCAUGAGAGCACUUCUCAAGUCGGGCGACACAGAGAAAAUAGUAUUCUUUGCCAAUGUUUCUCGUCAGAAGGAGCUUUUCAUCAUGGCUGCCAACUACCUGCAGUCUCUGGACUGGCGGAAGAAUCCAGAGAUCUUGAAGACAAUCAUUGGUUUCUACACUAAAGGCAGGGCGCCAGACCUGCUUGCUGGCUUCUAUGAAGCCUGUGCUCAGGUGGAGAUUGAUGAUUACCAGAAUUAUGAAAAGGCGCUAGAUGCUUUGACUGAAGCUUUCAAGUGCGUCUCAAAAGCAAAGGACUCUUCAACUGGACAGCUGGAAGUAAGGCUGGCUGACCUGCAGCAUAAAAUCACCCUAAUCAAGAAGUUUGUCCAUGCACGCAGGUUGUAUGCAGAGGAUGCUGGUGAGGCGGUGCGUCUAUGUGAAGCCUUGCUGGAGGAGCCAGAGUUAGACCCUGCUGUCAGGAUUGGAGAUGCGUUUGGUUUCCUGGUGGAGCACCACUGUCAGCAAGGCAACUUUCAAGUGGCCUACCGUAAGCUGGAGGAGCUCCAGAAGCUUUUGCCAUCGCAGAACGUUCGGUACUAUGUCAGCCAGGCCAGCCUAGAGGCCCUGCAGAAAGAGCUGGGUGUGCCCAUGGAUCAAGAUGACCGCAGGCACAGUGUGAAGGAGGAGGAUGAAGUGGAGGAGGAGUUAAAUGUACCUUAAAUUAAUCUCACUGAUGAUUUUUAUUUUCAUUCUGCAUUGAGUUCAUUCACAUAUACACAAGAUUAACAAAACUUGACAAAAUCUUAACCCUAUUUGUCAAAAUGUUGCACACAAGUAAUCUGUAGCUGGUAUGAUAGACAAAAGAGGGUAAAAAUCAUUAUUUAAUGCAGUUGUAUUCAGCUGUCAACCCUGGAUUCAUAUUGUUGCUGUUUCUAUGUGCAGAAUGGUGCAGAUCGAUGAAUACGAUUAUUGCCUUUGAGCUGAAUUUUAUAUCUAUGUGUGCUGUUUGUAUAGAUUUAUCCUCAGAUGCACUUGGAUUUGGUACAAUGUAUUUUUUUAUUCAGUUGAUGUGUUGAUUGUAAGUAUCCUCUCAGUGUCAAAAGUCACAUUGUGUACGGCAUUUUGCAGCUAUUUUUGAUAACUUGAGUCAAUUUCUACUUA